AUGACGGAAAAAAAUGAAGAUGCUCCUUCAUUAGAAUCAAUUAGUAACCAAGAAGAGAAGGGUAGCGUGUCACAGAAUGAUGAGGAACCAGCAGUUGAUCCUGAAAAUCCACAAGAAGAUUCUUCUAAAAAUAACUCUGCUUCACAGGGCAUCGAAUCUGAUUCAGGACAAAGAAUUUUAACCCCAAUUGUUACAGAUGGAGUAGAUCCACUUGAUGCUGAACCAGAAUAUAACAUUCCAUUCUUAAGACUGUACUAA